AUGCUGAUUGAGAACUGUCCCAUCAUCAGUGUGAACGUUCGCGUGUGGCUCUUCUGGGGCUACCUACGGCAAGUUAAGUGGUACAGCUAUCUGGUCGGGUGCAUCCCGGUGACAGUGCUGAACGUGUUCCAGUUCAUGAAUCUAUUCCACAACAUCCUGACCGGAACCGGCGACAUGAAUGCGAUUAUCAUCGACGGAUACUUUACGGUGCUGUACUUCAACUUGGUGCUCCGGACUUCGUUUCUGAUGAUCAACCGGCAGAAAUUCGAACGGUUCUUCGAGGGAAUUGCUGCCGAAUACGGCCGUCUAGAGAAUCAGAAUAGUAUCCGGCCGCUGUUGGAGCGCCUUACUCGCCGGGCGCGGAUUCUAUCCAAAUCGAACCUCUGGCUCGGGGCGUUCAUCAGCGCUUGCUUCGUUACCUAUCCGCUGUUCUCACCGGAAAACAUCCUGCCGUACGGAGUUUUCAUGCCCGGCGUCGACGUGCACGCGUCGCCCGUCUACGAGAUUGUGUUUGUCCUGCAAAUCUAUCUCACCUUUCCGGCCUGCUGCAUGUACAUUCCGUUCACCAGCUUCUACUGCACUUGUUCGCUGUUCGGGCUGGUGCGCAUUGCCGCCCUGAAACACUCGCUGGAGCGGCUGCACGAGCACAACCGAUCCGAGCAGGCUCUGCUUGCCAAGAUGAAAGAGUGCCUGCAGUAUCACAAGGAAAUUAUCAGAUACGUUGCCGACCUAAACGAGCUGGUGACCUACAUUUUCCUCCUGGAGCUGCUGUCGUUUGGCAUGAUGCUCUGUGCGCUGCUAUUCCUGCUGAGCAUUAGUAACCAGCUGGCUCAGAUGGUAAUGAUUGGCUCGUAUAUCUUCAUGAUCCUGUCACAGAUGUAUGCUCUGUACUGGCAUUCGAACGAGGUCCGGGAGCAGAGCUUGGAGAUUGGAGACUCGCUGUACUAUAACAGUGCCUGGCUCGGCUUCAGCAUGCCGGUCAAAAAGAUGAUUAUUCUGCUGGUAGCCCGAGCGCAGCGGCCAUUAGCGAUUACGAUCGGCAACGUUUACCCGAUGACGCUGGAAAUGUUUCAGUCGCUGCUGAAUGCCUCCUACUCGUACUUCACGCUACUCCGACGAGUCUACAAUUAG